AAAUCCGGAAAUUGUGUCAAGGGAAAAUAACAAUACUCAACAGUUUGGCUCGCUGUCAGUAAAUUGCAUUAAGUUCUGGAAUCUCUAACGUACAUGUUAUUGCUGUGGAAAAGAUGCCAGUAGUUAAAGGCAGACUCAAUAAGAGGGACCAGAACCGACUUGACAAAAACUACACAUAUCUGUUAGAAAAUUUAGAUGCAAAAUAUGUAGUUGACCUUCUAAUUGAACGUGGUAUUUUUACCUUAAGGGACAGUGAAAUUAUACGAAGCCAAGCUUCAACAGAAGAUAAAAACAGAACAUUUUUGGAGACUCUAUAUAACUCUGGAGAAGCAGCGUACGAAGUAUUCAGAGAUAUAUUAAGGAGAGACUACCAGUUUAUUGUUAAUCAGCUUGAUGCAACUGAACCUGACUUUACAGACAACAGAAGCCAAGGAGAAAAACUGAGAGAUGAACUUACAGAUGAACAAAAGGCCCACAGAGUAUCAGAACUGGAUCUUAUGUACUUCUCGAAAUCUUUCUCGACAGCAAUCAUGUCUGUUGCGACUGCAUUAACUAUUAAUAAGACCGAGGUCGAGCAAAUUCAGUUAUCUAACCCGUAUAGCGGAGCUCUAAAUCAUAACCAAUGCAUGUUGAUCAAAUGGAGAAACAAAACAGGGAGAGCAGCAACAUUGCAGGUACUAGUGGAGGCUUUCAUAAAGGCAGAAGAAAUUGGCGGUGAACUGAACUGGCAGAUUAUUAGCCAAGGAGUCGCUAAAAUAAGGAAAUAGUAUGUCAGAGAUAUAUCUGUUUUGAUUAACAGUCCCAAUAAUGUGAUGGUGUGUCACCUCAAGAAAAGGAACAUACAGGGAUCACUUUGUCAAUAAGGUUGAUAAAAACAAUAACUGUUAUUCAUUUGAAGGUCGCAGGGGUCAGAUCUGCUCAGAACUAGAAUUUAAUUGACUUGGAGUUAAAAUUUGUAAGUUUGGUUGACUUAUUCUGUGAUCCAGAUGAAUGAUCUUCACCAGUUUUGAAGGCUCUACAAGAUAUGAAAGACUGAGCUUUUAUAAUGAAACAGAGUGUAAUAAAUGUUUAAGUGAAAAUGCUACCUACAUAGAGUGGAUAACUAAAAAGAAAUGACCCAUAUCGCAAGUCAUGAUGAAAAAACAUGUUUCACCACAAAAUGACAUCUUUUUUUUUAUAUAAGUUAGAAUUGAUAAUUGUUUUCUGUAUCAUUGCAGACAGAAAUGAAUCUUAUACCGGUAUUUAUUAAAUAAAUCUGUUACUUUGGAAUUGAGGAUAAGAAAUUGCAUAAUCAUUACUGUAUAAUAUUCAAUUCUAACCCUAUAAGAUGUUUGUUUGAUUUCAUUUUACAUCAGUUGAGAUGCUAAUUAUGAAAUGUUGUCAUUGAUGAUGUACAUCUAUCUUACUUUUAUGCAACAAGAUAUGUUUAAUAUUUUGAAGCUAUUAUAUUUAAAAUCAUGAAAUGAAUAAAAGAAGAAAUGUA